CGAUAGAUGGCGCUGUAACUCAAAAUGUCUGCGCCCAUGGAAAAUUACCAGUAGAGUGAAAAAAUUGAAGAACCAUGGCAGACAAUAAAUCCAGAAAUGAAACCGAAGCGGAGCUGGAGUUUGCCCUGCCCAUCCCCCAAGUGACCGAGGCACAGAAAGAAAUGGCCACACUGGCCAUGUCCGAGUUUGACAAGAAACAGUAUGGCUCCUGCUGCAGUCUAAUGCACAAAUUGAUAGCCCAGAGACCCACAGAUCCCAAAGUUGUUCACAACAAAGCCGUCGCUGAAUUCUAUCAGAGCGGAUUUCUAACCACCGAGGAGUUUAGACAAAAUUUGUCGAAAGUCUGUCAAAUGGCCCAUGUGAACAUUGAUAACAGUGAGAGUUUGGAAGAUGUGGACCACAGUGUUAUUUAUUUCAAUCAAGCCGUCAUUCUAUACCAUCUACGCCAGUAUAAAGCUGCCCUCAACAUUCUAGACAAACUCUUCCAGUACAUAGAGCCAUUAGAGGAAGCCCUGGCAAAGAAAGCUACUCUGCUGUUGGUGGAACUUUAUCUGUGUACAUUUCAGCCUGAAAAAGCUUUAGGAAUGCUAAGAUAUGCAACUGAGACAGUAUUUACUGCUGGAAAGAAUUCAGGAGAGAAAGAGAAUAAAGAGGAGCAGGUGGAUGAAGCUUGGAAGCCUAAACUUAGCCUGUAUAGAACUCGCUGUCUUCUAAUGAUGAAAUCCAUGAAGUCAUGCAAGAGAGAGAUCAAGUCUCUAAUGAACACCCAGUCUACGAACACUUCAGUAAUAUACCUGAAGAGUAACUUUGAACACCUACGAGGAAACCACAAGAAGGCCAUGAAGAUGCUGAGCUCCAUCACGACCACCAGUGUCUUCACGGAGGCCGGGGAAUGUCUGCCCGUCAUGUACAACAACAACCUGGGCUGUAUACAGUUCCACCUCCGUAAACACAACCUGGGCGCCUUCCACUUCCGGAAAGCUCUCCAAGAAAAUGAGAAUGCACUCAAAGACAUCAAAAGGGGAAAUGAACACAAUAAGAAUCUCUCUGGUAAGGCAUUAAACUCCCUUGGGAUGAGUAGACACUUUGAACUGUUGUACAAUAUGGGCAUUCAGCUGUUGCAUUGUGGGAAGGCCAUGGCUGCUUUUGACUGCUUGAUUGAGGCAGUUCAGGUCUUCAGGACCAACCCUAGACUGUGGCUGAGACUGGCAGAGUGCUGUAUAAUGGCCAACAGAGAAAAUAAUGAUGAGGACAGGAAGUUGGAGAAGAGGUUAGAGGUCAUCCAGGGAUCCGAUGGGAGCGGGAUUCACAGGAAGCUGCGGCUUGGCCCUGGACUCAAGAAAGAUAACUCUAGUCCAGGGACACCAGCUAUUCCAGCAGCCACUCAUGAGUUUGCAGCUCUCUGUUUGAAGAAUGCCCUACAUUUACUGCCAGAGGAUCCUCUUACUGUAGAAACACUGCCAUCUGAAGAUUCUGACUCUGUGAAAAUGACCCCUGAGAUGGUACUUGUACCAGCUCCCCCCGGGAAUCCCCUGAAGGCGGCAGAAGUGGCCAGUCUCAGGUGUUCUGUAUUGGCUGCUAGUGCCUAUGUAGCUCUGUGUCUGAAUGAUUACACACAAGCUCUACUUCAUGCCGACAACUUACUCAAACAACCCAAACUUACAGGGGCUCAAAGAUAUUUGGGUCAUCUUUACAUGGCAGAGGCCCAGGUUGCCAUGGAUAAGAUUGCUGAUGCUAUCCAGCAUCUGAACCCAGAGUUAGUGGUGGACAUCAGUCUUACCCUGCCAGAAAACAAAACAGAGCAAGACAAAAGUGAACGAGAUCCAGAAGCUUCAGAGAACAAAGGUUCCUUUUAUCCCUGGUCACCCAAAGAUCUGCUGAGAGCAAAAGCCAUAGCACAGUACAAUCUGGCCUCAGCUCACGCCAUCAGAGGGGAGUACGACAAAGCUGUACAGAAUCUAGGAGAGAGUUCUAAUUAUAUAGGAACUCCAUUACCAGCACAGAUGUACUUCUUGAAGCUUUAUUUAGAUUUAAUUGAGGGAAGAAGAAAAAUGGCACAGAUUGUGAUUAAGGACCAUUUUGGACAUGUAACACCCAAUCGUGUGGAGAUGAAGCUGAACUCCAAGCCUGGGGUGCCCCGCCCGGACAACGGGGUGUCCUGAUUAAAACAGGAAUAUGUGACUUUAUUAUGUAUAUAUAAAGCAUUUACAAUAUUGUAGAUGAUUAUGGAAAUAAAGAAGUAAUGUUU